AUGAACAAGAAGUACACAGCCCUGACGAUUGCAGCGGAAAUGGCCCAGGUUCAGGUCGUGCGGUUCUUGCUGGAGGCGGGUGCCAACCGGGACGCGGCCGACGAAGAUGGCGACACGGCCCUGAUGGUCGCGGCUCGCGAGGGCCACGUCGAGGUCGCCGGGGCUCUUCUCGAGGCCUCGGCUGCCCAGGACUUGGCAAACAGCGAUGGCUACACAGCCCUGAUGUUUGCAGCUGACUGGGGCAACGUUGAAGUCGCGGGAUUGCUGCUGGAUGCCGGUGCUAACAAGGAAACAGCCGACAACAACGGGUACACAGCCCUCAUGCUGGCAGCUCGCGAAGGCCACUUUGCAGUCGCACAAAUGCUGGUGCAGGCUGGGAGCAACAAGGACGCAGCCUCCAACCUCGGCUGGACUUCCCUGAUGAUUGCAUCGCGCCAAGGCCACGUGGGCGUCGUGAGCUUGCUGGUAGACGCUGGUGCCAAAACAGACUUGGUCAACACUGAUGGCCAGACAGCCUUAAUGCUCGCAGCCCGCGACGGCCAAGCUGAAGUGGUGCGUCUGCUGACAGAAGGUUGA